UUGUCUACGACUACAACUCCUUACAACCAUUUCGUCAACUUCAUCAUAUAUAUUCUUGAUCACCAGGGAUUUUAAUAUAAGGUGCUGUAUCAAGCAUUAGAAUUACGUCCUUCCAACUGAUUUUAAUUUGUUGCUAGAGACACAGAAACAUUGGUUUUCAGAAGUUAGUUACUUAUGUCGUCGUCCAUGGCGAGUUCUAUUAUCUUUGGGCACAAAUCGACUGCCCUGAUCCCGACAAAACCCUACGCCAGGACUCAGCAGCAGGUUUUGUGUUGGAAUCCGAUUUCAACGUUGGGUAUGAUCUCCAAGUGCAGAGUUGAUGAAAACUGUUCCUGGGGAGACAAAACAAGAGUGAUGUCUGAUAACAAAAUGAAAAGGAACCGUUUGUUCGUCGUGUAUGCCAACAGUGUGCCGGGAGCUCCAUUGCCUUCCGGACCACCACCUUCCAAAUCCAUGAGUUGGAUUCUGGGAUUUGUGGUGUCAUUUAUUCUACCCUUUUUCACCAACAAAUGGGGGCCAUUGUGGGUUAUAAAAAACAGAAUUGAUACGGCAGUUCAGACAGUAGAAAACAUGGUUGAGGCCGUGGAGAAAGUGGCGGGGGAGGUAGACAAGAUUGCAGAAGACAUCGCCGACGAUCUUCCCCAAGGAAAACUCAAAGAUCUUGUGGAUUUUGUCGAAGAUAUGGCUGAAAAAACAGCUAAGACUGCCGAUUCUCUUGACAAUAUCAUCGACAAGGUACAGGAAGCUGAAGAUCAGGUGGAGCACAUUGUGGAGUGUGCAGUUAAAGAAGCCACAACUUCGUCUAAGAAAUAAUUAAGCAAAAUAUUCACAAAUUAUAAUCACCACGAUUAUUUUAUUCGUUCGAAAAUAUUCUAAUGUUUUAAUUCAUGUAGUAGAUAGAAUAAUUGGUAUUAGUGGUUUCCCAGUUACAAUUUGUAUAUAAAUGCAAUAAAAUUUUGGUUUCAUAA